AUGUCUUUUCGGUACGGCCCGGGCUUCCUGGCAACUCUUCUCACAAUCGCCAACAUCUUGAUUCCACUGGCGGUUUUCACUUUUGCUACCGGCUUCUUUCCGUAUAAGCCGGUUCUGCCAGGUUUGGCCCAGUAUGAAGCUCUCGAAUAUGGCCCGCCGCCACCGGCACCAUUCGACCGCCUCAUCUUCAUGGUAGUCGAUGCGUUACGAAGCGAUUUCGUGUACUUGGACGGUUCCGGCUUCACAUAUACUCAAGAACUCAUCCGCGAUGGCGCCGCCCUGCCUUUCACUGCCUACGCGCGGUCACCAACCGUCACCAUGCCCAGAAUCAAAGCCAUCACCACUGGCUCGAUCCCUUCUUUCCUGGACGUCAUCUUGAACCUGGACGAGGCGGAUUCGUCCUCGACUCUCGCUGCUCAAGACACCUGGCUUGCCCAGAUGAAAGCCAAGGAGACCGGGAAAAUGCUCAUGUACGGCGAUGACACAUGGCUGAAGCUCUUCCCGGGCACUUUUGAUCGUGCUGAUGGUACCGCGAGCUUCUUCGUAGCAGACUUCACCGAGGUGGACAAUAAUGUCACCAGGCACAUAGAUAACGAACUGAAGAAUGACGACUGGAGCACGUUAAUCCUGCACUAUCUCGGCCUCGAUCACAUCGGGCAUAAAUCAGGACCGCGAAGCUCGCACAUGGUACCGAAACAACACGAGAUGGAUGGUAUCGUGAAACGCAUAUACAACGCCAUGGAAUCACGAGAACACAUGUCUUCCACAUUGAUGGUUCUCUGCGGAGAUCACGGCAUGAAUGACGCCGGCAAUCACGGAGCUUCUUCCCCUGGAGAGACCUCCCCGGCCCUCGUUUUCAUCUCCCCCAAACUAAAAACAUUGCACCGAAACCUCCAGGCCCCUGUCCCGUUCCGAGAGGACUUUUCUUACUACACCAAGAUUGAGCAGUCGGAUCUGGCACCCACCCUUGGCGCUCUGCUGGGCUUCCCGGUGCCGCAAAACAACCUCGGCGCCUUCAUCUCCGACUUUCUCCCGUUCUGGCCCAAUAAAAAUGAUCAGAUUCAAUUACUGGUCCGUAAUGCUCGACAGAUAUUGAAUAUUGUGACGGCAACUUUUGGCUCCGAGAUGUUUGACUUGGGGUCUACCUCUGACCAAAAAACUUGCUCAAACCCUCGAGAUGAUGCCCAAGAGCUAGCUUGUGAAUGGCAUCGUGUCAACGAUGCACUCAAAACCAUGGAUGACGAGGCAGAGUUAGAUCCAGCCUGGCGUGAAGCUAUGUCCAAGUGGCUGAGCAGAGCUCAAGACCUGAUGAGCAGCAUGGCCAGCAACUACGAUAUGGGAAGGCUACACGUUGGCGAAGCAGUCGUCGUUCUCGUUACCGGCUCGCUCAUCAUCGGUGCUCGACUAAGUCUCUUGCCGCUGCUGGCUAUCUCAGUCACAUACGGCAUCAUGAUGUUCGCGAGUAGCUACGUAGAAGAAGAACACCAUUUCUGGUACUGGGCCACGUCCGCCUGGCUGGGCGUUAUGGGUAUCAUGAAGAUGCAGUCCACCCGGUCACCAUUUGGAACACUCGUAUCUCUCUUUAUCGCCCUGACAGCAACUAGACUGAUCCGGGGAUGGAAUCAGACAGGCCAGAAGCACGCCGGCGAGCCCGAUAUUGCCAAGACCUUCAUCGUCACAAGCCCGCUCGUCCUCUGGACUCUUGUCAGCGUAACCUACCUCUUCCUCUUUGCACAAAUCCUCAGAAAGCUCCGCGGUCUUCCCCGCGCUGCCGUGACAACUACGUCAGCCAUAUUGAUCCUCUCCGCCUUCACCUUCAAGCUCGCCUUCACCAACGAAGACGCCCCCGAGCUCGUGACCCGGCCCCUGGCAAUCCUAAACACUCUCACCCAAGGCAUCUCCCUCGUCACCCGAGCCCGCGUUGUCUUCGCCGGCAUCGGCGCAACAGCCCUCUACUCAUCCUACCUUGCCCUCUCCAGCCCAAAGACCGAAGCGCGACACACCUCCCCGCUCUUCCACCACCUCAUCACUCUCCUCCUCGCAACACAAUCCCGCGUCACAAACAUCCCCCUCCUCCUCCUCUUUACCCUUCAAUUACCCCUCCUCGCCUCCCUCGACCUCUCCCUGCCCCUCCUAUCCACAACCUCCCUCCUCCUCCAAUACGCCUCCUUCUUCGCCUUUGGCGGCACAAACGCAAUCUCAUCCGUCGACCUCUCAAGCGCCUACAACGGCGUGGCGGGCUUCAACGUCGUCGCCGUCGGCGCCCUGACCUUCGUGAGCAACUGGGUCGGCCCCAUCUAUUGGGCCUCCGCAACGAACCUACUCCUCCUGCAGUACCGCGGCCGCAGGACCGGGACCGACAAAGGCAGACAUGUGUUUUUGCGACAUGUAGGACACAUGACCUUGUUCACGGCGUGCAGCGUCGCGUUCAUCAUGGUGGCUUGCGAGGCGCUGCGGACGCACCUCUUUGUCUGGACGGUGUUCUCGCCCAAAUAUUUGUACUGCAUGGCCUGGACCAUCGGGCAGCAUCUCCUCGUCAACGUCGUGUUUGCCGGUUUAUUGUACCGGCUUGGAUCGGCUUGA